AUGAGGUCUGUUGUGUUGCUAGCUGCUAUUGUUGUUGGAACUUCAGCCAUAUUGUUCCCGAUGUCAGGUGGCGGAUGUGGUUGUGGCUGCGGUGGUGGAGGCGGCGGCCAGAUCCCUUCACCAUGCAGUGGAGGAGGAGGCGGCGGCUGCGGUUGUGGUGGUCGCAAGAAGAGAGCUGUUGAAGGAGAUGACAAAUGCACCGAUCCCGAGCUACGAAAGCUGAUCCUUGCUGGAAUUCGCUCUGAAGUUGCCGAAUCCCGCAACAACAUCGUAGCUGCAUUGAAAAAGAAGCACGCAGCCACUCGAUACUUGGUCACAUGUGCCCAAGGAGAAACAGUCUUCCAAUCGACAGCCGACGAGUUCUGCACCGCUGGAACUCCUGAGCUGACGUGCCAUGUUGCACGAGCAAUUGACGCCGAAUAG